GUGCUGUCGUUGAAGGAUCAUUACCCGUUAGACUCAGAUGUGUUCCUGGUAGGCAAGCGCUACUACGGCCAUGUGGCGAAGGUCAAAGCAGUCACCGGUGGUAACCUGGAUGUGGAGGUGCAGUUCUUACCCAACAACCUUAACCUCAGGGCAGAGGCUGGUAAAGCCCAGUCCGAAGAGAA